GCGCGCACACACACUCGACAGUCGCGUGGAGGACAGAUCGAGCCAAGUGAGAACUGAGAAAUACGGAUCCGUGAAGAAUGGAGGCGACCAAGGAGAGGCGGGAGCAAGAGCACAAGGACUCGGUGCAGCUGCCGACGGAGACGAGCCCGUACGUGCAGUACAACAAGGACGACGGGCUGGAGGACUACAAGAUGCGCGCCUACGGGGCGCGCGGCCACCUCCCCGUCUCCGACCUCCCCCACGGCGGCACCGGCACCGACGCGCCCACCAUCCCCGGCACCGCGUUACCUACAGCACCGCAGCAGCAGCACAAGCAGCGAGGCCAGGGAGCUGGAGACGCCGUCGUCGGUCAAGACGCGGCCACCGACACCAUCAACCGCCACGGCGUGCCGUAAUUAGCAACUAGCUCGUGGCUGUCCAGUGUCCACGCAGGCCCCGACGCUAGCUGUUGCAGCAGUGUCCAGUCAGUGCGUGAGGGGAAAACAGAAUAAAAUCCCGCAAAUGUAAUAUCGCUGCAGUAGUAGUAGCCUGUUUGUAGCAUGUAUCAAAAAUGUCUUUUUCAAGAUCUUUGAGCUUCUAGUA